CCCAUCAAGCUUUAUCUAUUUUUCUGCAUAAUUACAAAGAUUUGAGUUUCUAAAAAGCAGAUUGCGGAAGUGAUUAUUUAUGACUUUCGAAAGGAGAAAUGAUGUUUUGAUUUGAUAAGCAUUUAAGAAGCUAUCUUGGUUCAUGGGUACACAGAUACAGAGUCCAUUGAUUACUGCAUAGAGAGAUAAAAAUGGAGGGUGUGGAGCAUCGAACAGUGAAUGUGAAUGGCAUAAACAUGCACGUUGCCGAGAUGGGUGAAGGCCCAUUGAUCCUCUUCAUCCACGGAUUCCCUGAUCUAUGGUUCUCAUGGCGCCACCAGAUGAAAGCUCUUGCUUCCCUCGGUUACCACUGCGUGGCGCCGGACCUCCGAGGGUACGGAGACACGGAUGUGCCGGCCUCUCCCACCGCCUACACGAGUCUCCACGUGGUGGGCGAUCUGGUUGGUCUUCUGGAUGAGGUAGCCGGCGACAAUGAGAAAGUGUUUGUGAUAGGUCAUGACUGGGGUGCCAUGACUGCUUGGUAUCUUUCUCUCUUUCGCCCUGAACGAAUCAGGGCUCUUGUGAACAUGAGCGUCGCUUUCACUCCCCGAAACCCCAAGAGAAAGCCCCUUGACACCUUAAGAGCAGUGUAUGGAAAUGACUACUAUAUUUGCAGGUUUCAGGUCUCAAAACAUGGUUUAAGAAGAAGUGAAAAAAAGAUGAUUUUUUGUUGGGGCAAACCAUGGUUUGCAAAGUGGUUUUGUUGCUCAAGUGGAUUAUUGCAGGAGACUGGGAAUAUAGAAGCUGAGUUUGAGAAGAUUGGCACUGAAAGAGUCCUGAAGGAGUUUCUGACAUACCGCAACCCUGGUCCACUUUAUCUACCUGAGGGUAAAGCCUUUGAUCGUCCAAUUGAUUCUCCCUUGAAGUUGCCCUCAUGGCUAUCUCAAGAAGAAUGUGAUUACUAUGUUACUAAAUAUGAAAAGACUGGUUUCACAGGGGGGUUUAACUACUACAGAAAUUUGGAUCUAAAUUGGGAGCUCACAGCACCGUGGACUGGUGCUAAAGUCAAAGUUCCUGUUAAGUUUAUUGUGGGUGAUCUCGACCUGACCUACAAUUCACCUGGAGCCAAGGAUUACAUUCACAAAGGUGGGUUGAAGAGAGAUGUGCCCCUUCUGGAGGAUGUAGUUGUAAUUCAAGGGGCGGGUCACUUCGUUCAUCAAGAAAGGCCUGAUGAGAUCACCAAACAUAUCUACGAUUUCGUUAAGAAAUUCUAAUUUGAUGUUGUCAUGUUAGACAUGUAUUCCUUUGUUCUUGCUUUGAUUGCAUCUUUUUCCUUCACUGCGUGCUUGAUCUGUAUUUGCAAAGAUAACUCUUGCUGGGUGUAUUCUCAUGUAUGCUUGUGUUUAAAGAGAUAAAAAAAAAGUUAAAAAUAGCA